UUACGAUGGGAUAUGCUGAUUCUGUUGAUGAAAUUUCUCUCUUAGUCAAAUUCUCUUUAUGAUCUACAGUCAUAUCUCUUCUCGAAAAAAAUUCCGGCAGCUCACCCACCAGUUCAUCAUUAGAGUUUGUGUUCAAAAUUUCAUUUUAAUCAUUCAAAGCAUUCGACAUUAACGACCGCCCUGAGUUAUGGCACCGCCUACAGCAUCCAGUGAUUGGCGAGCUUCCUGACAGAUUGACAGUUACGUGGCCCUGCCCACUUCGGAUUCUUGCUCUGAAGUUAAAUAUGGCCACCUUAGACGUCAUCUUUUCCCGGGAGUCAUUUUACGAUAUUACUCUUGAACCUUUUGUGUGUUCAAGUUUAUGGCUCCGAAGACACCCUGAAAAUGAUUCUAUCACCUGAAACCUGAUCACCACUAUUUUACAAACUAUUACAUAAUUUGAUAUUGCGGCUGUGUAUAUUGCAACUAUUUGCAUUUCCGAAACACCGCAACCGACUCCACAAACCAUUUCAGAUGCAAAACCACGCAAGCUUCUAGUCAGUGUUCAAACGUGUUCUCUCUGUGAUGUGACCUCAAAUUCUGUGAAGUGCAAAAAAUCCAAAAGUAUUGUACCAGUAUUAAUCAUAACUUAAGUUUUAAUGAAACUCGAAGACUCAUCACAUUGUAGCAUGACAUCUUACUACAACGCUCCUGGACCAUACCUUACAGACAUCCGCAAUGGUGGAAAUGACCAACAACAACAUUAUAAUCCGCCAUCAAUUCAGAAUGGGGACUCGUGUGACCAACGUCAGUACAUGCAGCCUCAGUACGCUUCUUCGCCAGUACAAGGGGCGACUUACCCCCGGUUUCCACCUUACGACAGACUGGAAAUACGACCUAUCACAGCACAUUCCGACGAUUCCCAAAGCCCACCAGGACACUAUUACACCCAGUGCAGUCAAUCUCAGGGCAACAUGCCCCAACCGGCACAUCAGACACCACAACACACACCUUUAACACAUCCUAACGCCUAUGUACCACAGGAUGGUGUACAACAGAACUGUAGGGGUUCCCCGACGGAAGCCCAAAGUAUGGUACCACAGCAGUUUUCCAGUUGCAAACUUCAACAGCAACCGAAUCAGCAGGUAAUGAUGCAGGAUCCCAACGGAGUACAUCGGCCUGUGAAUCCGGAUUGUGCUGCCAACAAUAUGCAUCCGCAACACUGUCAAAGUCCUGUACAUUCCCCGCAACAAAUGUACCCACCGAAUCACGUACAACAACAGCCUCCCAAUCCACAGAACGUCAACCAAGUUCAACCAGCUAGUGGUGGACCUAGUCCUUUGUAUCCAUGGAUGCGGAGUCAGUUUGAGAGGAAACGUGGUCGGCAGACCUACACUCGCUACCAGACCCUUGAAUUAGAGAAGGAAUUUCAUUUCAAUCGCUACUUGACGCGUCGGCGUCGGAUCGAGAUCGCUCACACUCUCUGCUUGACGGAGCGACAGAUCAAGAUCUGGUUCCAGAACCGACGCAUGAAGUGGAAAAAAGAAAACAAGUCAAAGAUGGAAGCAGGCCUAGUCAUGGGACCUGGUGGCCCGGAAUUGGUCCACCACCACUUGGACAGACCACCCAUGACUUCCGUUUGACUAGAUGGCCUGGAUGAUGACUUUGAAAUCAAACCUCAAUGCAUAUUGCCUAGUGAUUAGCAGAGAGGUAUAUACAUACUGUUAAACUUAUUCAACCGAAGAUAUGCAUAUACUGUUAAAGUAAUCGAACGAGAGAUGUGCAUAUACUGUUACAGUAUUCGAGCAGGAAACGUUUGGGCUGUGCCCAUUCAAAUUGGAUUGGAUUUUACCACAGAUGCUUGUUACAUACGAAUUUUUCUCUUGGAGAUCAUUGCUAACUUUUUUACACGUUUUCGUUUUGAAUACUCAUUUAAAUGUAGCUCAUCUUUCGAGGUACUCAACAACUUCAGAUUCAUUAAAUUGUUUUCCGCAAAAACGAAACCGCCUCUAAAGUUCAAAAUAUCAAAUUUGUGGAAUAAUAUCAUUCAAAGCAACAAAUCUAUAAAAUAGAUUGUUGCAACUACAACAUCUUCAAAAUAAGAGCAAAGAUGCCUUUAAAUUUAUCGCAAAAAAAUCUGUAAGUAAUAUAGUUUAAAGAAAGAGCCAUAAUGCCUCGAACUUCGACUAUUCAAGUAAAUUUGACGAAUGGUAUGUCUGAAACAAAGUGCAAAUUUGCCUAUAAAAACGAAAGAAUCAACUUUGUUUAAAUAAUAUCGCUCAAACCAA